AUGUGGCUUUCUACGCGGCUUUUGAUCGGCGUUUUUGGUGUAUUGGUAUUAAAUGGAGAAGCCAAAAAACCGUGUGUGCAGCGCGUCUACCCGGAUGCCGGAGGACUUCCGGCCAUCGGCUGCGUGUGCAACGCCGCCGGCUGCGACGACGUCGACCCGGUCGGGCAGUUGCAGACGGGAAGUUUUGCGAUGUACCUGACCUCGGCGGCGGGAAGUCGUCUGGACAGAAUCGACUCGAGGUUCAUCGCCCUCCCAAAUUCAAGCAAUACCGUAACUGUGGACCCAAGAAUUAAAUACCAGAGCAUAAUCGGUUUCGGCGGCGCGAUGACGGACGCUUCUGGCAUAAAUAUUCAAGCUCUAUCCCCGGAUCUGCAACAACAAAUUCUCCAGGACUACUAUGGGGCUAAUGGAAUACAGUACACGAUGACGCGCGUCCCCGUCGGUUCUUGCGACUUUUCGACGCGUGCGUAUUCGUAUUGUGACACGACCAACGACUUCGACAUGGCCACCUUCGCCCUCACCGAUGACGACAAUUUGAUGAAGAUUCCGCUCCUCCAAAAGGCCAAAUCGCUCGUCGAGGCCACUGGGGACCAGUUGAAGCUGUUCGCGACGGCCUGGAGCUCUCCGGGGUGGAUGAAGAACACCGGCAGGAUGAAGGGUGGUGGCUACCUUCUCGGAGCGACUAAUGGCCCGUACUACAUGGCCUUCGCCAAGUACUACAGACGGUUUUUCGAGGAAUAUCAGAAGCAGGGGUUGUCCUUUUGGGGGAUGACGCCUGAGAAUGAGCCGACCGAGGCGGCAGAUCCAAGUUAUGGAUGGCAGGCGCUGUUCUUCAACGGAAGCUACGAACGUGACUUCAUCCGCUACUCCCUCGGCCCGCAACUAAAGGGAUCGGAUGUGACGAAAGAUAUCAAAAUCAUGAUCGGAGAUGAUCAGCGCUACGUCCAUCCCGCUUUUGCGGAUACGAUUUUUGCCGACCCGGAGGCCACAAAAUACGUGGAUGGUAUCGCGAUGCACUGGUAUGACGAUAAUAACACGGGGCCGGGCGUGUUGGACGAUUUGCACAAUCGAUAUCCCGAUAAAUUCAUCCUCUACACCGAGGCGUGCUCCUGGUGGAAGGCGGCAAAUGGAGACGUGGUGAUGGGUGCAUGGUGGGGAGUGGAUCAGUACGCGCACAACAUCAUCGAGGAUCUGAACCACUGGAGCACCGGCUGGAACGACUGGAAUUUGAUCCUCGAUAUUCAGGGCGGGCCGAAUUGGGUGGGCAACUACGUGGAUGCCCCAAUGACGGCAUUCCCAUCCCAACAAGAAUACGUCAAGAAUCCAAUGUUCUACGGUCUCGGCCAUUUCUCCAAAUUCAUCCGUCCCGGGUAUCGUCGCGUAGCCAUUACCGUACCCGCCGGUCUCGAGGGCACGGCCUUCGUGUCCCCAGAUGGAAAGCAGCGCGUGGUCGUGCUCCUGAAUCGAUCGACUUCCCAAACGGUCUCCGCCAGUUUGCAGGACGCCAGCCUCUCGAAUCGAUUCGCGAACAUCCAGCUGGGUCCCGCGUCGAUUGCCACGCUACUGUGGACCGAA